AUGAUUUCUAGGCACAUCAUCUCAGUAUUUGGAUAUCACAUGUUCCAAGUUAUGAGGUUUUCUGUUGAGGAGAUUAAUAACUCCACCACCCUCCUGCCUAAUGUUUCUCUAGGCUAUGAGAUUUUUGACCAUUGUACUGCAAUGAAGAAUUUCCCUGCAGUAUUCAGUUUUAUCUCACAGAAUGGAUCAAUAAAACCUAAAAAAAUGCUGAAAGACCAUCAGCCUAAAGUGAUUGCUUUAACAGGUCCAUUUGGAAGCACGAGAACUAUGACGAUUGCACCGUUGUUCACAAUGGACCUUAUACCAAUGGUAAAUUAUGGAGCUUCCAGUUAUGCGUUAAGUAAUAAACUUCAGUAUCCCUCUUUUAUAAGAACAAUCCCCAGCAACAAAGACCUGAUACAGAUGAUUAUUCACAUCAUAAAGUGGUUUGGAUGGAACUGGGUUGCCUUUCUUGGUGGUCAAGACGAUUACAGUGAAGAUGGCCUGAGACAGUUUAACAAGUUUAUCAGCAAUACUGGCAUUUGUUUGGCCUAUCAAGAGAUUCUUAGCCUAGGGGCAAACUACAGUCGACCACUUAAAAGGAUUGAUAUGCUUAAAAUCAAUGUCAUCAUGGUUUAUUCAGUGCAACAAUAUGCAAAAAACAUAAUUAAAGCUGCCAUAGCAAGCAACAUCCGAGACAAAGUUUGGAUUGCAAGCCAAGCAUGGUCGAUGGACCAACAGCUUCCAAGAGAGCCAGGAAUUGAGAAAAUUGGUACAGUUAUUGGCCUUACAGAGAAAUUAUUGGCAUUGCCUGGAUUUAAUGACUUCAUCUAUAAAGCCAAAGGAACUACUAAAGUUCACAAUACUGAUAGCGAUGAAGUCCAGAGUGAUGCAUGUAAUCAAGCUUGCGAAAGCUGCUCAUUGCUGGCUGAAGAGGAAAUUAUAAAUGAAAAUCCCACAUUCUCCUUUGGCAUCUAUGCUGCCAUAUAUACCAUAGCUCAUGCAUUACAUAAAGUUCUGCAGUGCAACAUGAAUGGAUGCCACAAAAACACAACGGUUAGGCCAUACAUGCUUCUGGGAGAAAUGAAGAAAGUGGAUUUUCCACUUAAUGGUCGUCAGGUGAAAUAUGAUGAUAAUGGUGAUCCAACCGUAAAUUACUCAGUUGUGCUCUGGCAUACUAAAACAAAUCCUCCACGGUUUGAGAUGGUGGGCACAUAUGAUAUAUAUCCAGAAAUUACCUUUACCAUGAGCAGCUCUCUCAUGCCCUGGCAUAACAAUGGAUCUGUUCCUUUAUCAAACUGCUCAGUUGAGUGUAAGGAGGGAUUUUCGAAGGUACCGGAGGGAUUGCAUGAGUGCUGUUUUCAGUGUGAAAAAUGCCCAAGAAACAGCUAUGUGAAUCAUUCUC